CUAAAACCAAAGCUAGUCUCUCUGUCUCUGUCUCUGUGUCAUACACAUAAAAUAAAAUGGAAGAAAUGAAGCACAGUCACAUUGGAGUCAACGGGUUAAAGGUCCAUGUAGCCGAGAUAGGCUCCGAUUCAUCACCGGCGGUGAUCUUUCUACACGGAUUUCCGGAGAUAUGGUACACAUGGCGCCAUCAAAUGAUUGCCGUCGCAAACGCCGGUUUCAGAGCCAUUGCACCCGAUUACAGAGGAUACGGAUUAUCCGACAUCCCUCAACAACCCCAUAACACCAAAUUCGCUGAUUUGGUCAACGACACUGCCUCCAUCCUAGAUUCUCUCGCCAUUUCUAAGGUGUUUGUUGUUGCUAAAGAUUUUGGAGCAAAAGUUGGCUACGCAUUUGCACUAAUCCACCCAGGGAAAGUUGCUGGAAUUGUGACACUUGGUGCACCAUUUGUGCACCCUAAUGCUCCUUUCAAGCUAGCUUUCCCCGAAGGUUUCUACAUUCGAAGAUGGCAGGAACCAGGAAGAGCUGAAGCUGAUUUUGGCCGGUUUGAUGCGAAAACAGUGGUGAGAAACAUCUAUAUCAUGUUCUCUAGAAGUGAAAUACCGAUGGCCAGUGAAAACCAGGAGAUAAUGGAUCUGGUUGACCCGUCGGCUCCUCUACCCUCUUGGUUCACAGAAGAGGACCUUUCUGUAUAUGGAGAUUUGUAUCACAAGUCUGGAUUUCAAACCCCACUCCAAGUUCCUUACAGGUCACUCGGAGAGAAACUUGAAUUUUCAAAACACGGUCUUGAUGAUGCGAAAAUAGAAGCUCCAACGCUGGUGAUCAUGGGUGAAGAAGAUUAUUCGUUCAAGUUCCCUGGAAUGGAGCAAUAUGUGAAGAGUGGGGCGGUGAAGAAAUAUGUGCCAAAUCUAGAAAUCAUUUACUUGCCUCAAGGUUGCCAUUUUGUUCAUGAGCAAUUCCCUGACCAGGUUAAUCAGUUGUUGCUAAAUUUUCUCAAUUGCAACAAAUAGUAGUGUUAUUGAGUUGUAAAACAGUCUAAAGAUCUUGAGUUUGAAUUCAUGUUUAUGUGUUGGAGUCUUGCUAUAAGAUUUUCAAAUAAUUAAGCAUACAGCUAAA